UCGGGUGAGAGUGAAUAUGUACGAAACAUUAGUGAUGAUCAUAAGAAAAAUUUUCAAAAUAAUAUUCUUAAUCGUACUCAAGAAUUUACAAAUACAAAAGAUUGUUGGACAACGAUACAUCAACUAUUAUUUCAUUCAUAUCUUAAUUUUAUUCCAUUACCCUAUCUCUAUUUAAUUUAUGAUGUUAUGAAACAACAUCAAUAUGAAUAUCGUCCACAUUAUAUUCGACCAUUAUUAAUUAAAAUACAAAAAUUAUAUUCUCAAAAUUCGGAUAAUAUUGUUAAAAUUACACAAGAU